CCCGAUGCCCCCGAUCACCCAUCAAUCAGGCAAAAUUUAUUUCAUUGCUCUCAUCCCUCAUCCCUCAUAAUAACACCACUUCCUGGUGUCGCCCAUCUGCCAGAAGCUUCAGUCUAACACAGUACCCAGCACACCAUGACCGCCAGCACAUGCAGUAGUGUGGAUCUUCCUCAGGGACCAGCCCCAGAGACCCAAGGAACCGUUUCCAUGUUGGCUGAAGAAGAGAAUUAUCCCGAGCCAGGCACAUUGCAGGAAGAGCUGAAUGAGAUUGUGGAUGCUUUCUAUGAGCUCUCUUCAGAUGAAGAUAUCCGGGCUUAUCAAUGCUGGGUUGAGGAUAUUGAAGGUGAAAAAGUUGCAGAAAAUGCUUUGAUGGAACCUGCUUUGGCUCCUGUGUUUGAGUUGGAGGACCAGGAUGGAGACACUGUGCGCCUGAGUGAUCUUCUUGAGAAGGGUCCUGUCGUCCUCUCAUUUUAUCGGGGAAAAUGGUGUCCACACUGCAACGCUACUUUGAUGAGGUAUGGAAAUCAGUUAGUGCCUGAGCUAGAAAAGUCUGGAGCAACACUGGUGGCCAUUUCACCCAUGCUACCUGAUGGAACAGCCUACCUUGCCACUAAGAGAGACUUGAACUUUGCUGUGUGCAGUGACACUGAGAAUCAAGUUGCAAAGCAAUUUGGAAUCACCUUUGCGGUGAGACCUCACACUCGUCCCUUCAUGUUGAAGUGGGGAGAUGAUUUGCCCCAGCACAAUGGACUGAAUGCGGGAUGGGAAAUCCCCUUACCUGCAACCUAUGUUAUUGGGCAGGACGGAAACAUUGCAUGGAGCUUCCUAGACAAUGAUCCUGGAGUUCGUGCUGAGGUGGGUGAUAUCCUCCAAGCAGUUGCUGACGCAUCCAGCAAAUACAAGGGUCUCAUGGACAUUAGUAGCAACAGCACCCGUGAGAAGAAGCCGCGUUCCCGAAAAAUGUUCAACCGAAAACUCUCCACAACCUUUCCUCGCGUAUCUUCCAAGCCACUAAAGAGGAUGUUCUCCCAAAAUCGCCCCGACGACGACAGCGUCAGCACUUGCAGUGGUGAGAGUCAUGAAUUGGAUCGAUGUUCACAGCAUUCCGUGAAGAGUGAAGGCGGAGAUGAAAUUCCAAGGUUUCGCCGAUCAGUUGAUUCUCGGCGAAGAAAACGAACGCUCAGAAGAAACCAAUCCGCAAAGGAGUUCUUGGGGAGAUACUUCUUGACACCAUCGGAGUAGAGAGCAGAAUUCUUAUGCAGAAUACGUACAAACUUGUCAACGCUCGUUACACAUUAUACGGUUGCCUGUUUUGGUGGUGGCAACACAAAUAAGAGUAUAGUCAUACUAGUAGUCAUGAGAGCAUAAUAAAACAGCAACCCUAGUGCCGA